AUGAAGGUGAGCCAAUAUAUGCUCCUGGUGGUCCUAGUUUGGCAUUCUUCAUUAUGUGCGAAUGCACAGUGGAAUAACCCAAUAAACUACUCUCCAUUCGACGAGACAAACAAAGGUGGAAACUACUCCAAGGUCACAUGGAGUGUGUCGCUGUCAUGUGUCUUCGUUAGCAUCCUGGUGUUUAUUUUGUUUAAGCUCCGCGCGUGUUGUUGUUGUUGUUAUUCUUCUUCUUCUUCCCAACGCCAUAACACAAAGCUCGUGGCAGCCACAGAAGCUAUUGAAAAGUGCCCCAUCUUUGAAUACUCGACGGCGAAGGAGCUUAAAGUGGGGAAUGGGGCAGAGGAGUGCUCGGUGUGCUUGGUCGAGUUCGAAGACUCCGACACCAUAAAGAUGCUCCCAAAAUGCCAACACGUUUUCCACCAGAAUUGCAUCGAUACAUGGUUACCCUCUCGCAUGACCUGUCCCAUUUGUCGCCAGAAACUCACGUCUCAGGAUACCGUAAUCGACAUUGAUGAUGAUGAUGUCGUCCCAAUGGAACAACUAGAACAUGAUAUUGGUACAGAGAUUACAGAGUCAGAGGUGGCAGUAACUGAUGAAACUGACACUGGCACUGUUGUGGAACAGGUUUUGGUUUGA